AUGAAUAUUGGCACAAUCAAGGAGGCAGUGACGUUUUGCAGACUGGGCGAGGCUGUUGUGCACCAAAUGACCCUGGAUGAUCAGGGGACACAGGACUCCAUGGGAACUUUUGCGGAGGCUGCAAAGCUUAAGGGAAAACUAAUGCACGUGUAUCCGAAGGCGUUUGCGAAUAUUCGCAAGCUCCAACUUUGGUUUGUCGAUCGACACGACACCCUGACCAGCUCUUUGAUGAUACGCGACAUUUCACCAGGAAAUUGUAGACGGGCUAGUGGCAACAUGAAGUUCCCGGAGCAUGAGUUCCCCCCUGAGGAGCUAGUAACGGAUCAGCUUGAGACCUCUUCCCUGGAUGAUCGGUCCUAUCACGUGAUCCGCCUUCCCAACCAGCUUGAGGCCCUCCUGAUUCACGAUGGCGAUGCCGAUAAGGCCAGCGCUGCCAUAAAUGUUAAUGUUGGAAAUUUCAGCGACAAGGUAGACAUGCCUGGUCUGGCACACGCCGUUGAACAUGUCUUGUUGAUGGGCACAAAGAAGUAUCCCGAGGAAAACGCUUAUACGAAGUAUAUAUCGUCCCACUCUGGCCAGUACAACGCGUCUACUACCUCGACAUCUACCAUGUUCUACUUCAACAUAGCUGGUCUGCCAAGUGACGGCAGUGAGCCUUCGGCGAACAACCCUUCCCCAUUGAAAGGAGCUCUUGAUCAUCUUGCUCAGUUCUUCAUCCAGCCGAUAUUCCUCGAAUCCACUAUAGACCGGGAACUCAUGGCAGUGGACUCUGAGGACAAGAGGAACCUGCAGCACGAUGAGGACCGCCUUGAGAAACUCUCCCAAUCCCUGUCGAAUCCUGAUCAUCCUUACUUUCAUUCUGCCACAGGCAACCUGAAGGUCCUCAAGAGCGCCCCCGAGGCACGGGGUGUCAACGUCAGGCAGGAGUUUAUUAGGUUUUAUGAGAUGCAUUACUCUGCUAAUCGAAUGAAACUCGUUGUUCUGGGCCGGGAGCCACUGGACGUCCUCCGGUCGUGGGUGACGGAGUACUUCACGGAUGUCCAGGACAAGAAACUCAAGCCCAACCGCUGGAAUACUAUACCAUUAGGGCCCGAAUACUUACAAUUGAGGAUUUUCGCAAAGCCAGUCAAGAAUUCGAAGUCUCUGUUCGUUUAUUUUCCAUUCAUGGACGAAGAGGAGCUUUUUGAAUCACGUCCGAGCUUGUAUAUAACCCAUCUCAUUGGACACGAAGGCCCCGGGAGUAUCAUGUCGCAUAUCAAAUCAAAAGGCUGGGCCAAUAGCCUUUGCGCUAUAUUCCAACCAGUGUGUCCCGGUUCGCCCGCUGUUAUCAAGCUCGAAGUAGAGCUGACGGAAGACGGCCUGCGGAAUCACGAGGAGAUCGUAAAGAUCCUUUUUCAGUACCUUGCUCUUCUGCGAGAGGCGCCGCCGCAAGAAUGGGUAUUCGACGAGCUGAGAAGCAUGGCCGAUGUGAACUUCAGGUUCGAGGAAAAGACACCCGUGAUGAACUUUACGAAGAAUCUCAGCUCCGUCAUGCAACGUCCUCUGCCCCGAGAAUGGCUUCUGAGCGGCUUAAUUCGGCUGAGAAAGUUCGAGCCCGAGCUUAUCCGGCAAGGAAUAGACUACCUACGACCUGAAAACCUGAGGAUGUUUAUCAUUUCUCGUCCCACUCUCCAGCAGUGUGACAAGAAGGAGGAGUGGUAUGGGACUGAGUACAAGUGCGAGAAGAUUUCGAGCGACUUCAUGGAGGAACUCAAGCAGGUCGCUUCCUGCAGCCCCGCGGAGCGCGUCUCGGCGCUGCAUUUGCCCAACAAGAAUCAGUUCAUACCGAACAAUUUCGAAGUCGAAAGGAAGGAGGUCAAAGAGCCCGCUGUGGCACCCACCAUGAUCAGGAACGACGGUCACGCUCGGACAUGGUAUAAGAAGGAUGACAGAUUCUGGGUUCCCAAGGCGAACCUCCUCGUCAGUUGUAGAAACCCCAUCAUCUUUGCAUCGGCGGAAAACUAUGUCAAGGCUCAGCUCUUCACAAAUCUCGUCAAGGACGCGCUGGAAGAAUAUUCCUACGAUGCGAGUCUGGCGGGCCUGCAGUAUUCCGUAUCUCUGGAUAAACGAGGGCUUGUUAUUAAGGUCGGCGGCUACAACAACAAGAUUUCAGUCCUGCUGGAGCGGGUGCUCGAGACUAUUCGAGGUCUAGAUAUUCAGGAAGAUCAUUUCGAAAGAAUCAAGGAGUGCCUGAGCAGAUCGUACCAGAACUGGGGUUUCGGGCAUCCUUAUGACCAGGUUGAGGAGUACACCACGUGGCUGAACACCGAGCACGACUUCCUGGUUGAGCACUACAAUGAUGAGCUGGACACGAUCACCUGCGAGGCGACAAGGACUUUCCAAAAGGAAGUGCUGUCGCAGAUGCACAUGGAAGUUCUAGUGCAUGGAAACUUGUACAAGGAGGACGCACUGAAGCUCACAAGUAUGCUGGAGAACAAGGUUCAGACCCGUGCGCUACCAAGUUUGCAGUGGCCUAUCUCGCGAUCCUUGCUGUUCCCACCUGGCUCGAACUAUGUCUAUAGGAAGAUGCUUUCAGAUCCUGCCAAUUUGAACCACUGCAUCGAGUACUGGCUGUACAUCGGGCAGAAGGAUGAGCGUAUGGCUCGGGCCAAGGUUGUCCUGCUGGAACAGAUCCUUUAUGAACCAGUGUUUAACCAACUCCGGACCAAGGAGCAGUUGGGCUACGCAGUGUUUAUUGACAUGAAAAACAGCGCAACGACACUAGGCUUCCGGAUCCUCAUCCAGAGCGAGAAGACGGCGCAGUACUUGGAGAUCAGGAUUGAGGAGUUCCUGAGCAAAUACACCCAGACGCUGGAGGAAAUGAGCGACGCAGGCUUCAAGGGACACAAGGACAGCCUGAUUAACAAGUUGCUCGAGAAACUGAAAAAUCUUGAUGAGGAAACCAACAGUU